AAAAAAAAUAUUUUUCAGCUCAACCAACAAAAUACAAAACUUCUCUUCUUGAAGCUCCAAUGGAGCUUAAUCUUACUAGUAGCAAUCUUCAGUUCUCUUUCAUCCUACUCUUUUCACUUGUCUUCUUAGCUCAUGCUAAACUAUACCUUCAUCCUUCUGAUUAUAAAGCCUUUAAAAUCAUCCAACGCGACUUCGGCAUCAAUGAUCAUCACCCUUCUUUCACCCGAACUCCUUGCAAUUCUCCUGCAGUUUCCUGUGAGCGUCGAGUUGCUAACUACAGUUCUGUUCUGAAGAUCACUCGAAUCGCUUACGAAUCCGAGCAGCUUAAUGGCUUUGUUUCCCCUUUUAUUGGUCAGCUCUCGGAGCUUCGAGAGCUGACUUUGUCAAACAACCAUUUUGUUGAUCAAAUCCCUCAAGAAAUCAUUGCCUGUCAGAAACUUGAGGUUCUGAACCUCAAAAAUAACCAUUUUUCUGGCCAAGUCCCGUUUGAAUUGUCCAACGUUGUCCGUCUCCGAGUGCUUGACCUUGCUAGUAAUAAACUUUCAGGGGAUUUAAGCUUCUUAAAAUACUUCCCCAACCUAGAAAGCCUCUCACUUGCUAAUAAUCUUUUCACUGGGAAAAUCCCAGCUUCGGUGAAGUCAUUUAGGAACUUGCAAUUCUUUGACAUAUCUGGAAAUGAUUAUAUUCAAGGCCCCAUUCCUGUUCUAAACGGGGUUGAAUAUAUAUCAUCAGAAGUGCCGAGAAAGAGCUUAGUUCCUAGAAGAUUCAUACUUGACGUAAACGCAACUAGGAGGAGCAAUGAUACUUCAUCUGGAGCUCAUAGAGUAAGCUCAGGUCCUGCUCAAGCUCCCUCCUCGUCUGCACCAGCACACAAGCACCACCACCGCAAAAGCAGGAAGAUUGCAGCGUGGUCACUUGGAUUCCUAGCUGGAGGAAUAGUAGGGGGUAUAUGCGGGAUGGUGUUUUCGGUUCUCGUCAAGAUGGGAUUGGCUUGGUUACGUGGUGGAGGAAAGAAUGCUGGACCGUCAAUCUUUAGUCCACUUAUUAAGAAAGCAGAGGACCUUGCUUUCUUGGAGAAAGAUGAAGGUUUAGCAGGCUUAACACUUAUAGGAAAAGGUGGAUGUGGUGAAGUAUACAGAGCUGAAUUGCCAGGAAGCAAUGGAAAAGUAAUCGCGAUAAAGAAGAUACUUGAACCACCGAAGGAGGCUCAAGAGCUUACUGAAGAAGAUAGUAAGAUGCUGAACAAAAAGAUGCGUCAAGUUCGAUCAGAGAUACAAACUGUUGGUAGAAUUCGGCAUCGCAAUUUGUUACCUCUCCUUGCUCAUGUGCCUCGACCUAAUUAUCACUUGUUAGUGUACGAGUAUAUGAAAAAUGGAAGUUUGCAAGACAUGAUGACAGAGCUUGCCCAAGAUAAGAGAGAAUUAGAUUGGUUUGCACGGUACAGAAUAGCACUUGGAGUGGCUUCUGGGCUUGAAUAUCUCCAUAUGAGCAAUAAUCCCAGAAUUAUUCACAGGGACCUCAAACCAGCUAACAUCUUACUUGAUGAUGACAUGGAGCCUCGAAUUGCAGAUUUCGGGCUCGCUAAGGAAAUGCCUAUCGAUAAUACACAUAUGUCAACUUCACAUGUCGCCGGAACACUUGGGUAUAUUGCUCCAGAGUAUUACCAAACUUCCAAGUUCACAGACAAGUGUGAUAUAUUCAGCCUUGGGGUGGUUCUUGGAGCUUUGGUGAUGGGAAAGCUUCCAGGUGACGCCUUCUUUCAAAGCACGGAGGAGAUAAACUUGGUGAAAUGGUUGAAAAAUGUCAUGACUUCAGAGGAUCCAAAAAGGGCACUUGAUCCUAAGCUAAUAGGAAACGGAUAUGAAGAGCAAAUGUUACAAGUGUUAAAAAUUGCUUGUUUUUGCAGUCUUGAUGACCCCAAACAACGGCCUAACAGUAAGGAUGUUAGGUGUAUGUUGUCUCAAAUCAAUCACUAAGGAUAAGCUCUUGGUAAAUGUUCUAUCUAAAUGGUGGCAAAUGCAUAAAUCUGCCACAUUAAAGUAUGUUAAGUGUAUCUACCACGUUUAUAUAUUUUGUUGUUGAUCAUUAUGUAAUCAAAUCAAGAGUAUCCAUAAUUUUCUGAACAAUAUAUAUUAGUACACAAAACAAAUGAAGGGCAAUUAUAAUUUUCUA